UUCGUCCAGGCCACGACCAGUUGACUUCUGGUCAGUUUGAGUCGAAAUAUCUACAGCUGACACUAGUAUGGUAACAGUUAGUGAGUUAGUAGCAGUAGACCCACUACUACACUCUACAGUACAAGAGCCGAGUUUUACAUCUCAUUUUGUCAGAAGCAGGUGAAGUAGGCACGUCACUUAGUCUUUGCAGCUACAUGUAGCUGCAUGCACACAGCAUUUCGAAAUAUUUGAAAUAGAGACGGAAGCUGUUGUGUGUGUAAGCGAAUCAAGGCUACUAAGUACUAGUAGUAGCGCAAGGACAUGGAUGUUGUAGUGGAGUACUCCGAGUAACAGUGGUUGGUAGAGCACCGCAGAGUGGGAUACUGAAUACCGCACGCUGUCAGCCAGCACGGCGCACAGCAGGCGUAGGAAGUAGAAACGGAGGCACUUAGCAUCAGGUCGGGGGACACACAAAGAUAAUAAUUUUUGGUCACUCCUGCACCAGAACUUCUUGCUACCCUGGUGACGUGUCGUUCCUGAGCAGUACUCUGUCUCUGCGUGUCGUCUCCUUCCCCAAGAAAGAUGUUGAUUCUACAGCAUAUGUACCUGCUUGCGGCGCUGUUGGCGGGGUCGUCGACACUCACACCAGGCCUGGCAUCUGUUGAUGAUGAAACCUGCAGAGAUCACCUGUCGUUCUUGUGCAGCGACGGCACUCAGUGCAUACCACGGCAGUGGCAUUGCGACGGUGCUGUGGAUUGCAGAGAUGGGUCUGAUGAGGGAGUGGACCUUUGUGGAACUACCGUCCAACCAGCCCCAAAUUGCCCCACAGACUUCCUGAAGUGUGGACAAAGCCAAACUCAUCCCGGACAAUGCGUUCACGAAAAGGACUGGUGUAAUGAUGUGCCAGAUUGUGACAAUGGCGUUGACGAGGACUUUUGUAUCCAUGGCCCUGAGGGGAACACAGGGCACUUGUACUGCUACCUUCCGCGGAACUUCCGAUGUGCAAAGCGCGAUAUCGGCCUAUUCAAUAACUGUGUCUUUCCCUCACAAGAAUGUGAUGGGGUGGUGGACUGCACUGAUGGCACAGACGAGCUGCCAGGGCUGUGCAAUAGUUCACUCCGGACCACGACACCACCAAGCACAACAGCUGUACCUAUCUGCAACGGCUUCAGAUGCCAGAAUGGCCGAUGUAUUAGUGCAGCUAGUGAAUGCAAUGAUGUAGACGACUGUGGAGACGGAUCAGAUGAACUGAACUCGCUGUGCACUGGUCAUGACUGUGGAGAUCCAUCACGCAUACCCUGCACUCUUGCCAGCACUGGUCAACUGGGCUGUGUCAAUGCAUCACUGGACUGUGAUGGUCACAGUGACUGCGCCAAUGGUGCUGAUGAAGACCCCAUACUUUGCUCAUCACAAACAUGCUCGUCGCCGAUGGUCCGGUGCAAUGACACCGGCAGUUACCGGUGUGUGGCCAGGUCGGCAAUCUGCGAUGGUGUGCAGGAUUGCCGGUCUGGAGGAGAUGAGAAGGCCUGCUCCAGCCCAGUCGCACCAACUGAACGCCAGAAUCCCAACCCAGUUCCUGUUACCGACAACACAAGUGACAAUCUAGUGGUGAUUAUUUCAUGCACUGUUGGUGGAGUAGUAUUGAUUGCGCUAUUCGUGGGAGCAAUGGUCUAUAUGAGUCGGCGCAAGACAAAGGCCAGCACACUGGCGGCAGUGUACAAUGACAACAGAACGCUGGUCCGUGACAACAGCAUUGUCAGCGGCACCAGCGCCGUUAACAAUACCAGUAUGGCGGCCAAACCAGCUGAGACUGACCCUGGGACUGCAGUCUAGCAGCUUGUCUAGCAGUGUUGAUCACGGUCAAAACACUAUUCUAAUUAUUCGCUUGCUUUAAUACAUGUACAUCAUGCAAAAACACCAUACUAAUUAUUCGCUUAUUUACAUCAUGCAUUGACUCAUUCCUUUGCCUUAUUUGUCGCUACUGAUUGCAGAAAUUCAUAAUAAAUCCGCGUUCUUUUACAUUCGCCACUACAAUGCACUAAGAAGCAUAUCGGUGGUACCCACAAUUCACGAACAGCUGAUAUUGUUGGCCUGCUCACGCAUAUACUGGUACUAGGAUGAUGUAUUUAUCCAAGCCAGUAAAGUCAGCAAUAUAUUUGCCAGUGUGUUCUUUUUUUCAUUCUUAUCAGCUUUUCUGCAUUCAAAACCAUUAUUGGAAUGAAAAACAUCAUUCUGUGGGAUGUACGCAUGCAGUGUGUACAGCUUGUCUCAAUUUUAUCUACUCUGUACUACUGAGGAGGAUUGUGCUGGUACGACAAUUCUGAAACCCAGCUUACUCAGUGUUUGUUGUUGUAUACUCUUUAAGGUGGUGAUCAAAACAGGCACAAGCCUCGUUGCAUUGAACGUCUGAACAUUCGAUUUCCCUGCGUAUUAAUACCAAUGGGAUGCGUACACCGGACAACAAGAACAGACUGAGCAUGACAAUGCAGCACUGUAGAGGAUGCAUGCAACAGGAAACCAACCAGCAUAAUGAUAGGCCUGGUACGGUACACUCGAUCUCUGGACAGCUACUUUAGCUGUUUCGACCUUCUUGGGUCUCAUCAGCUGAGAUCAUAAUGACUGGUUGAACUGAUCACAAUGAAAAUGGCCCAACGCAGCAAAAAUCAGAGUACAUGACAUACAUAGUGUUAAUUGUAGUGUAAUGAGUAGCAUCAUGACAGAACUCUAUCCCUAGGCAUAUCAAUGUCUGUCUCCAGGUUUCUCCUGCCUACUCCCCACACUCACUCGCAUUGAUCUAACGUGUGUACUUGUAUAAGAACCGCAGCCUGCCUGCUGUACCAAUGACUCAUGCAUUCAUGUACCGCUGCACUUGCUGGCUGCGCAUCACUAACCCUUCCCCUUCCACAGUCCCCGCAUGCACUGAACGCAGUACUCGGGUGCGCGUGCGUAUUCAUGUCUGAGUGCACUGCCCUCGGGCUCCAUCUCUACAUGGCAUCUCGUACUGGGCACGCUGCUUCCGGUCGCUGCUGUGUGCACGCAGCACCGCCGUCCAUUCCGCUCUCUGUCUUCUUUACUCAGUGAUUCCCGAUUGGAAUCACUCUUCGUUUCUGCUCUCCUUACAGUUAGUUGUGCUUUUCCGUGUCCGAUAAUGUUCCCCCUUCUGCAAUAAAGAUUCAGGCGAAACUACUCUAAGUAGCUACUGCUACAUGGCGCAGUGAACAGGAUCAGUGAUUAAAAAAAAUAACAUUGAUCCGCAACGAACCUGGUCUGCAACUUCAGGAUCUAGGAUGGCUCGCGUUCGACAACGCCGGCGAUCGCGAUAAAUCUCAGGAAGUGGAGACGAAACUCUCGGCGUACGUCACGCCCGUGGCCAACGUCGUCCACGGACGAACGAUGUUCGAACGCGACACACAGUCGCCAUCCGAGACCGUGGACGAGUCACUUCUGCGUCGUCUCUACGGCGGCGCGGACAACGGCGACUUCAAGGACGCUCGCGAUGACCGCAUCCGCGAUCGCUUCACGAUCACGACACACCACUGCAAGCCAACGACCCACUGCAACGGCUUACUGCAACAGCUUACUGCAACGGCUCACUGCAACGGCUCACUGCAACGGCUCACUGCAACGGCUCACUGCAACGGCCCACUGCAACGGCUUACUGCAACAGCUUACUGCAACCGCUUACUGCAACGGCUCACUGCAACGGCUCACUGCAACGGCUCACUGCAACAGCUCACUGCAACGGCUUACUGCAACGGCUUACUGCAACGGCUUACUGUAACGGCUUACUGUAACGGCUUACUGCAACGGCUUACUGCAACGGCUCACUGCAACGGCUCACUGCAACGGCCCACUGCAACGGCUCACUGCAAUGGCUCACUGCAACAGCUCACUGCAACAGCUCACGGCUACCGCUACAUUAAUCACACACUUUUUUUCUUUUUCUUUUUGGGUUACAUUUUUUCCUUUUCUGGUUUUCUGGGUUUGCAUUAAAUUUGUAUUGCAUUUUCAUCCAUUGUGUUUCUUUUGCUCGUAAAAGAGGCUUCGUGUAUGCAAAA